UAACCUUAAAUUUUUGACAGAUAUCUGUUUUUGUUUUGUUUCCUCAUAUUUGAGUUUUGAGGAAACCAAAACUUUAAUUUGUAUUAUUUGUUAUUGUUACUAAUUGUUACAAUUUGUUAUUAUACGUGCUUGUCAGUAUUCACUUACGGAAUAUUUAACAUCUAGAAAAGAUGAGACGUCGAGCAGGUUUAGGAGCCAUCCAAAAACAAAAACUAGAACAAGAGAAGUACAAAGACAAAGGCAACGAAAUCCAAGAGAAUCAAUUUGAACAAAUAACAAAACAGCUGGAGUUUUUUAAAGUCAAUUUAGAAGAAUUUGCAUCCAAACAUAAAAAUGAAAUUAAAAAAAAUCCCGAGUUUAGGAGGCAAUUCCAAGAAAUGUGUGCUAGUAUAGGAGUAGAUCCAUUAUCUUCUGGAAAGGGGUUUUGGUCCGUUUUAGGUAUUGGCGAUUUUUAUUAUGAAUUAGCAAUUCAAGUUGUUGAAGUGUGUUUAGCUACAAAUGAUAAAAAUGGAGGAUUAAUUAGUCUUGAGGAAUUAAGAGAAAGACUAAUUAAAGCUAGAGGAAAAAGAAAAGAACAUCAAGAGAUAUCAAAAGAUGAUUUGUUGAGAGCUAGUCAAAAAUUGAGAAUAUUUGGCAGUGGCUUUAAUGUCAUUCCAUAUGGAAAAGGGAAGUACAUGAUCCAGUCAGUUCCUGGUGAAUUGAGUAUGGAUCAUUCAGCCAUUCUUACUCAAGCCUCAGCAUCAAAUAGGGCAUAUGUUACAGUGUCUUUUCUGAAACAGGAGUUAAACUGGGAAAGGGAAAGAAGUGAAAAUGCUUUAGACCAUUUGGUUAAUCAAGGCUUAGCAUGGAUUGAUCUGCAGGACGUACAUGAGAAACGAUAUUAUUUUCCUAGUCUUUUUAACGAAUGUGUAAAUACAAGUUAACAGUAAUACUGAGAUUUUUUCUUGCAAAUAUAUAAGGAUAACUGUAUUAUAUAGCGUUCCAUGUUUUUGUAGAUAUGUAAGAAUAUAAAAGUGUUGAAAAUUAAUUAUUUUAUGUAAUAACUAUUCUUGUCCACACUGGCAUAAACAACAUAGCUAACUAAA